AUGGCGUCAACUAGUAAAGAUAUUGGACCAAAGAAGAGAAGAAUCACAGAAGAAUUAAGAAGUUUUCAAGAUAUGUGGACUAUAAACUAUUUGUUCGUGGAAAUUAAAAGAAAUUCCAUAUUCUUGAUAUGCAACGAAUCUGUUUCUGUUUUGAAAGACUAUAAAAUCAAACGGCACUACGAGACUAAACAUGCAAAUAAAGCGGGUUCAGAGGCAACAUGGUAUGUAAAAGCUAGUUAUGCAGUAGCCAUGAUACUAGCAAAAAAAUCGAAGCCAUAUUCAGAUGGUGGAAUGGUUAAGGAAUGUUUGGAGAGCGUCGCUGAAAUUCUGUGUCCAGAAAAGAAGAAGGAUUUCUCAAAAAUAAGUCUGUCUCGUCAAACUAUUACUAGGCGUGUGGAUGACAUUGGAAAGCAUAUUGAAGAUAAUUUGAAAAGUGGAGCAUCCGAGUUUAUAUUUUAUGCUCUAGCAUUGGAUGAAAGCACAGAUAUAGCAGAUAUUGCCCAAUUGGCAAUUUUUAUCAGGGGUGUUGAUAUCCAUUUUAAAAAGACAGAAGAAUUAGCGGCACUGUAUCCACUUAAGGACACUACUAAGUCACGAGAUUUGUUAGAGACAGUUACAUCGACAUUGAAUCGUUUUUCGUUACAAGUUAACAACUUAUCGGGCUUAACAACGGAUGGUGCUCCAGCAAUGGUUGGGAAACACGAAGGUUUAGUAAAAUUGAUUGAAAAUGAGGCCUCCAAAGUCGGUAAUACUUCAAUGCUAAAUUUUCAUUGCAUUGUUCAUCAAGAGAAUUUAUGUUCGAAUUCCCUUAAAAUGGACCAUGUCAUGAAAGUGGUUUUCAAAAUAGCGAACUUUAUCAAGUCGAACGGGUUGAAUCACCGUCAGUUCCAAGAAUUUCUAAAGUUAUUGGACUCAGAUUAUAGUAACGUUACAUUUUAUGCGGAAGUAAGAUGGCUGACCUGUGCCAAAAUGUUAAAAAGAGUGUUUGAUUUGCAGCAAGAAAUAAAAUCAUUUUUUGCAAGCAAGCCAAAUAGUAUCCCAGAGUUUGAAGACAAAGAGUGA